AUGGAUUCCACAAUGAUGCCCCAGGCCAUUGGCCAAGGUCCCUUCUACUUCUACAACACAGAGUCCAAGCAUGACGUCCGACAACACUACCCUCAACAACAGAUGCACAUGUAUCCCAUGGUCCCUACGUUGCCUUCCACUCCCGUCUACUCGCGACCCAGCUCUGCCAGUAACUCUCAGCCUCCCACUCUGUACAGCAAUGGCCCUGCCGUCAUGACUCCCACUGCUUCGCCUCAGCCCAUGUCGCAUAAGCCCGCAAUUCUGUUAGAGAACGAGUUCUACGAGAACCCUUACUUCCCAUCGACACCACCUCUGUCAACUUCUGGCAGCACUAUUGGUAGCCCCAGUGCCUGCGAGGUGCUUCAGACCCCCAUGAACCCCAUGUUCUCAGGUCUCGAUGGCCUCGACGGCUUCAAGGAGGCUCUGGAGCCUGUUGAGACAGCAGUCCUCGACUGGUCGAACUGCGGAUCUCCUCCCAUGACACCUGUGUAUCUCCAAUCUCAACUCGGAAAGGUUCCCUCUCUUAGCAACACCGCCAGCGACAUCUUGUCCACACCAUCUCUUUCUCCCUCACCCGCGCCCUACGCGCGAUCUGUGUCUACUCCAGAUUUGGACGUUGACUUCUGCGACCCAAGAAACUUGACUGUCGGUACUGGCGCUAUCAACAGCACUCUUGCUCCUGAGUUCUGUGCCGACGAGAUCAAGGUUGAGCCCAAGAUCGCUUCUCAGUCGUUUGACUUCAACCCUGCUGCUCACGGCCUCCCCACCUUUGAAGACUUUUCCGAGUUUGACUCUGAGGACGACUUCGUCAACAGCCUUGUCAACCUUGCUGAGCAGCCUGCCAACGCCUCUACUGACAUUACUCGACCUCGUGCCUGCACCGGUUCUUCGGUUGUCUCUCUCGGCCACGGUAGCUUCAUUGGUGACGAGGAUCUAUCCUUUGACGAGAACGAGGCUUUCCAGUUCCCUUCCCACCCUAGCCCUCCUUCCACCUGCGCUUCCACCUGUGCUUCUGAGGACUGCCACCAGAACAAGCGAGUCAAGAAGUCCCAGUCCGAGGAGCGCCACACUGCUCCCGCCAUGAACAUCGCUGCUUCCGCUGCCGACUCUGGCAACGCCCAGGAGUCCCCCAACCAGGCUGAUGAGGGUAGCGACUCUGGUGCCUCCUCUGGUUCCGAGGGUUCUCCUGCUCCUCUCCCUGCUCCUGCCAACCGCCGAGGACGCAAGCAGUCCCUCACCGAGGAUCCCUCCAAGACCUUUGUCUGCGAUCUUUGCAACCGUCGUUUCCGCCGUCAGGAACACCUCAAGCGCCACUACCGCUCUCUCCACACUCAAGAGAAGCCCUUUGAGUGUAACGAGUGUGGCAAGAAGUUCUCCCGAAGCGACAACCUGGCCCAGCAUGCCCGAACCCACGGCAGCGGUGCCAUCGUCAUGAACUUGAUUGAUGAUGACUCUCAUGCCUACGGUGCCUCUAUGGUGUCUGCUGCCGACGACUAUAGUAAUUACGGCAAGGUCCUCUUCCAGAUCGCCUCCGAGGUCCCUGGCAGCGCCAGUGAACUUUCUUCGGACGAGGGAAGCAACCAAGACAAGAAGAAGCGCAAGCGCUCCGACUAA